AUGAUAAUGUCAGACAUUGCUAAAAACAAAAUGGCUCAUUCAUUGAAGAAAAGGGGAAGUGUGUCUUCUCUAAACAGUCAUGAACUCCGAUGGAAGGAACUUCAUGGGCGCAUCAAAGACCGUGUGAAUACUGUGUCUUACAUGGAUGAACCUAGUCUGCGUGAUGAUGCCUCUCGCCUUACGGUUCAGAUGGAAAACACCUAUCAGCUGGGUCCCACCAAACAUUUUCCUGUGGUCAUUGUCAAUCACAUUCUGAAAGAUGUGUUAACUAACUAUCUGCAAGAAGAACUAUAUGAACCAGAGCUCUGUAGACAGAUGACAAAAACAAUUUCUGAGGUUAUUAAAGCCCAGAUCAAAGACUUGAUGAUUCCACGAUAUAAGCUAAUUGUGAUUGUUCACAUUGGACAACUAAAUCGGCAGAGCAUACUUAUCGGAAGUAGAUGCCUCUGGAAUCCUAAAAGUGAUACCUUUUCCUCUUAUGUUUUCAGAAAUUCUUCACUCUUUGCUCUUGCAAAUGUCUAUGCUGUUUACUUUGAAUGA